GUGUAGUUUCUUUAGUAAUAGUGGUACAAGUAGAUUUACCCUUUUUGGUCUUUUUGGCAAGACGUGAUGAGGAUGCGGUUGUUGGUGAUUGUGCCUUUCUUCACUUCCUACUUUUCUUAGUAGUAGCUGGGACUAUUUCAAAUUCUUCUGCUUCAUCUAAAGAAUCAUUAUCAUCUUCUGGAGGAAUAAAGGCA